AUGGCUCCCCUAAAGCUUAACAACAAGAACCUCUCGCAGAUUGCUGCGGCAGGUGAGGCGCAAGUCAAGGUCCCAACCUACUCUCGAGGUGGCGCUGUUAAGGAGGGAAUUGUCCACAUUGGCGUGGGCGGUUUCCAUCGAGCACACUUGGCAUACUAUGUCGACCUUCUGAUGCAGCAAGGUGUGACUGAUUGGGCGAUUUGCGGUGUUGGCCUGCAGCCCUUCGACGCUACUAUGCGUGAUGUUUUGAGAUCCCAGGAUCACCUCUACACCCUCAUUGAACGGUCCGCCAAGGGUAGCUUUUCCCACGUCAUUGGUAGCAUCAAUUCCUACCUCUUUGCCCCGGAUGAUCGCGAGGCCGUUAUCGCCAAAAUGGCCCACCCUGAUACCCACAUUGUUUCCCUGACCAUCACCGAAAGUGGCUACUAUUACAACGAGAACACCCACGAGCUUCAACGCGAACAUCCCGAUAUUCAGUUUGAUCUCGAUUCCGCAAAUGAGAAAGCUCCUCGCACUACAUUUGGUUUCCUCUACGCUGCUAUGGCUCGCCGCCGUGAGGCCGGUCUGAAGCCCUUCACUGUUAUGUCAUGCGAUAAUAUGCAGAAGAACGGCGCCAUUACUCGCCACAUGCUUACAUCAUUUGCGCGCCUGCGCGAUCCCACACUCGCCGACUGGAUUCACGAGCAAGGCCAUUUCCCGAAUGCUAUGGUCGACCGUAUCACCCCGCAGACAUCCGCUACUGAUAAGACCGCCCUCGCGGAUAAGUUCGGUAUCGAGGAUGGAUGGCCCGUCGUCACUGAGCCCUUCACACAAUGGGUGAUUGAGGACCAUUUCUCCGAUGGUCGCCCGCCAUUCGAUAAGGUCGGUGUUCAGCUGGUGACCAACGUCCACAAGGUCGAGGAGUUCGAGAAGCACAAAUUGCGCCUGCUGAACGGUAGCCAUUCCGCCAUCGGCUACCCAGGCCAACUUGCCGGCUUCAAAUAUGUUCACGAAGUGAUGGAGAACCCGCUUUUCCGCCGCUUUGUCUGGCAAAUGAUGCAGGACGAGGUCAAGCCGCAUUUGCCUGAUAUUCCCGGCGUUAAUAUUGAUGAAUAUUGUAACACGCUGAUGGAGCGUUUCUCUAACCCAACUAUCAUGGAUCAGCUGCCUCGUGUCUGCCUUAAUGCUUCUGGCAAGAUCCCCCAGUUUAUCAUGCCUUCUAUCGCCGAGGCAAUCUGGGACACUGCCCCCUUCCGCCGUCUGUGUUUCGUCGCGGCUGCUUGGUUCCGUUACCUGAAUGGUUACGAUGACAGUGGCAAAGCCUUCGAGGUUGAGGAUCCCAUGCGUGAAGAGCUCCAGGCUAAGGCUCGCGCCGGUGGCACCAACCCGGCUGAGCUUUUGAGCAUUAAGAAUUUGUUCGGUGAUGAUCUUCGAAAUGACAAGCGGUUCAUUGAGGAGAUGACUACGGCCAUGGAGGAUAUUGCCCGAGACGGUAUCAUGAAGACACUUCCCAAAUACAUUGAUUAA